AGAAUCCUACAGUUGCUACUUCAAAACAAGGGCAUUUGUGCAAUUUCAUGAUUUAAGGGAAAAAAAUGGCUCAGAAUGAAUAAAAUAAACCUACCGGCAACAACCAACUUCAUUGAAACUGUCAGCAAACACAAACAACACAGUACAGAAUGGCUAGAAAUUUGAAAAUGGUUAUAACCAAAGAGAACACUAUAACAAAAGAGUUUCUUUCACUUUCUCUUUGUUGCUGUUCGAAUUGGCAUGAUGAUUCAGCCAUGGCUAUGCUUAUCUUUUAUCUUGUUACUGUUGUCCUCCUCUGUUCUUUCCCUUUCUUCUGUUAAUCAAUACCCCUCACAGAACACCGCAAUGUCUACUGAAACGAUCUCUUCCAUUCAAAGUCUUGCGAUGCCAGUGCCUCCUCCAGCACCGCCACCACCACUAUCUCCACCGUCAUCAAAUCGAAAAGUUGUGAUAGCUGUAAUUGCCACAGCUACAAUCGUUCUUAUCAUUGCUGCUAUCAUCUUCUUUUUCUGCCACAAAUAUGGUAGAUGCCGGCAGAAAAAUAAAGUUGACACAAGCUUCCAACAAGAAGGCAUCGUGACUUCUGAAGACUUCAGAAAAUUUGGUAAAAGAGUGAAAGGACUAAUUGUCGAUGAAAAUGGAAGAGAUGUAGUUUAUGUCAAAGAUUUAGAAGACAAAAUACUUAAAUCCAAGUUCUCAAAGAUUUCGUUCAAUCCUAGCUAUGAAGAAGAAGAGGAAGAAGAAAUGAGGGGGGAUGUGACAGUAGAGAGACCAAUAAAAUGUAAGCCUCAGGAGGUGAAAGAUAGUCAUGGGAAGGAGAUAGAAUCAGUUCAACCAAAGCAGCAAUCUCGGGCAAUAGUUCCGUCUAUUCGAAGUUUGUCACUACAUCCCCCAUCAUCCUCUCUAAGAAAGAAAGUUCUAGCACCAUCAUCACUAGCAGCAAAGCCCCCGCUGCUGCCACCUCCACCGCCACCACCACCACCACCUCCUCCUCCUCCUCCUCCUCCUCCAUCACCACCGCCACGUCCUUCUCCUCCACUACUACCACCACCAAGAAUAUCAAAGAGGACUAUACCACCACCUCCUCCACCUGGGGCUGGCGGUUUGGUUUCAUCACUAAGACCCCCAACAGCACCAAAAGGGAACACAAACAACAAAAGUGGAGCACGGGCUUCAACAGAAAGAUGCUCAAAAGGGACUAGUGUUGGCCAAAUGAAGUUAAAGCCAUUGCACUGGGAUAAAGUUAUAGCUAAUGCUGAUCAUUCAAUGGUUUGGAAUGAGAUCAUUGAUGGCUCUCUCAGAUUUGAUGAUGAGCAAAUAGAAACACUUUUUGGAUACACAAAUUCCAACUGCCAAAUCCCUAGAGAAAAUGAGCUCUCAUCAAACAUAAGCAGUUCCAGCCCUGCCUCCACAGCUCAAAUUUUCAUCCUUGAGCCCCGGAAGUCCCAGAACAAGGCAAUUGUGCUAAAAUCAUUAGCAAUUUCUCGCAAAGAAAUCCUUGAUUCUCUUCUUGAGGGCCAAGGUCUUACCACUGAUAUCCUUGAAAAGCUUGCUAGAAUUGCUCCAACCCAGGAAGAAGAAGCCAAAAUCCUCCAAUUCAUAGACAACCCAAGUAAACUUGCAGAUGCUGAAUCUUUCCUUUACCAUAUCCUGAAAGCUGUUCCCUCAGCAUUCCUCAGGAUCAAUGCAAUGCUGUUCAGAUCAAAUUAUGAUGCAGAAAUUCUCCAUCUCAAGGAAUCCUUACAAACGCUUGAAAUGGGAUGCCAAGCACUACGAACCCGAGGCCUCUUCUUAAAACUUCUUGAAGCCAUUCUCAAGGCAGGCAAUAGGAUGAAUGCUGGGACAUCCAGAGGCAAUGCACAAGGUUUCAACCUUACUGCUCUUAGAAAACUAUCUGAUAUUAAAAGCACCGAUGGCAAGACUACUUUACUUCAUUUUUUGGUGGAACAAGUAGCUCGAUCAGAAGGUAAACGACAUGUGCUAAAACGGAACAGAAGUCUUGACAGAAAUGAUAGUCAAGGAAGAAGGAACAGUGAUUUAAAUUCAGAUACUCUAGCAGCAGCAGAGAGAGAGAAAGAAUAUGUACUGCUAGGAUUACAAGAAAUGGGGGGUUUGAGAAUUGAAUUCUCCAAUGUAAAGAAAGCUGCCACCAUAGAAUAUGAUAGUUUCAUCAACACAUGUUCCUCUCUUACAUCCUGUGUCACAGAAAUUCAGCUGCUCAUUGCAUGCUGCAGCAAGGGUGAGGAAGAUGGUUUUGUGAGAGAAAUGAAAGGAUUUUUAGAGGAGUGUGAGGAGGAGCUUCACAUAGUCGCAGAGGAGCAAACAAGAAUUCUGGAGCUUGUGAAGAGAACAACAGAAUAUUAUCAAGCAGGAGAUUGCAAGCAUGACAGAUUGGACCUUCAACUAUUUGUCAUUGUGAGAGAUUUCCUUGACAUGGUUGAUCAAGUCUGCGUGGACAUUUCUCAAAAGAUCCAGAAGAAGAAUUUGGCAUUGGCAGCAAAUUCAGGUUCAGCGUCACCACCAUUACUACCAAUAAGAGCUCCACUGAAAUUCCCAGACUUCCGUAUACAUUUGAUAUCAGAUUCAUCAAGGACUCCAUCUUCUAGUGAAUCAGAUGAUAAUUUCUGAAGACAAUUGGAUAAGGUUGUAUGGAAAUUCUAAUUAGCAUAGAAAAUAAGUUGCAGGUUUUGGCCUCAUGGAAAUUGAAUUAUAAAAUUUAUGAUCUCACUAGCUCAAAGACUAGAUGUAUGAGCCAAAAUUAAACAGUCGA